GGAGGGGACCCGUCUGCCUUCCGCUUCUGGGGCUGGAUUGACACACAAUGAGGAGCAGAGAGGCCGGGGAGACGCUCCACCAACGCCGCUGUAAAUAAUUACAACAAUCACAGAGGCCGGAGAAACAUGGAGAACCAGUGCACGGUGCAGGUGAAGCUGGAGUUGGGCCACAGAGCUCAGCUGAAGAAGAAAGUGACAUCAGAAGGCUUCACCCACGACUGGAUGGUUUUUGUCCGAGGGCCAGAAACCGGCGACAUCCAGCACUUUGUAGAGAGGGUCGUCUUCCGCCUGCAUGACAGCUUCCCCAAACCCAAGAGAGUAUGCAAGGAGCCGCCGUACAAAGUGGAGGAAUCGGGCUAUGCAGGCUUCAUCAUGCCCAUCGAGGUCUACUUUAAGAACAAGGAGGAGCCAAAAAAAGUCAUCUUCAACUACGACCUGUUCCUCAACCUGGAGGGUAACCCUCCUGUCAACCACCUGCGCUGUGAGAAGCUCACCUUCAACAACCCCACCAAAGAAUUCAGGAAAAAGCUCAUCAAGGCUGGAGGGAUACUGGUGGUCCCUGAGGGGGCUGAAGCCGUGUCGAGGCCCAGUCCGGACUACCCAAUGCUUCCCACCAUCCCCCUCUCAGCCUUCUCAGACCCCAAAAAGACAAAGACCUCUCAUGUAUCAAAGGAACCCAGCAAAGAAGGAAGUGGCGGCAGCAGCAAAGGACCCAAACCACACAAACUGACCAAGGAGCACCGUGAACGGUCGAGAAAAGACUCUGAGAGCAAAGGCUCAUCCAAAGGAGACGACCGUGAUGGAAGCAGCAAAAGCGGGCGUGAUCCCUCCUCCUCCUCAUCUUCGAAAAAGCCCUCCGAGAUCAAAGUGAAGGACGAAGUCAAAGUUCAGCCCAAGGCGGCCUUCAAGGAACCCAAACUCACCCUGAAGGAGUCAAAGAUGGACGGCAUGUCCCCCAAAGGAGGGGGGGCAGGUAGCGGAGGGGGAGGCGGCGGCGGAGGAGGAGGAGCUAUAGAGGCCAAAGCUCCAGGGAAGCGACCGUCCGCCGUGGAGUCGCCCAAACCCAGCGCCAAGAAACAGAAGAAGGGUGGGUCGGAUGGGCUGAAGGGGCCGACCGGCGGGGCGUUCACUGGAACCUCUCCUCGCGUCUCUUCAUCCUCUGCGGUCAGUCAGUCCUACAGCGAGAAGAAACCUUCCAAGGAGAAAGGUCGCUGGCCCAGGAGCAAAAACGACAGCCAGGAGCUGAAGGAGCUCAAGAAGCCUCCAGAGUCGGAGGAGUCCAACUCUGAGGAUGAAGCAUCAUCAAAGUCAGAGCAGUCGGCUCCGUCUAGCGCUUCCGUUUCUACGUCUAGUUCUGAUUCCAGUUCAGACUCAGACUUCGAGCCGGAACAAAAACAAGGGCAAGGCCCCCUGAGGUCCAUGGUGGAGGAGAUCCAGUCGGAAGAGUCGGACGAUGACGACAGCAGCUCAGAGGAAGAGACGCCCGUCAAAACCAACCCCCCCAACCGCGACUCUCGACUAAGCCUGGACAGCGAGAGUGACAGCAGCGACGGCUCGCACCGCCCCAGUCGAGACCCUGCCCCACCCCCACAGAAACACAGCUCAUCCAACAACAAAGUGGUCCGAAAAAGUCCUGAUUCCUCUUUUCGCUCUGAGAAGGUGAUGAAGAAGGGAUACGACAAGGUAGGAAGGGCCUACACAGAGGAACUGGUGGAUCUCCACCGCAGACUGAUGGCGUUAAGGGAGCGAAAUGUCCUGCAGCAGAUUGUCAACCUGAUCGAGGAGACCGGCCACUUUAACGUGACGAACACCACCUUUGACUUUGACCUCUUUUCACUGGACGAGUCCACCGUCCGCAAACUACAGAGCUACCUGGAGGCGACGGCCACGUGACAGGAAGCAGGGGGGGGCGGCGGCGCGUGGACGUCGGCGGCAGAGGUAGCCUCGCCAUCACGGCCGCUCUUUGCGGAAGAGAUGAGCAGAAGCGUCUGCCGCAGCCUCUUCACAAGCCUGACUGGAGCAUCGAACAACCACACCGCAGAGCAGAAACACACAAACAGUCGCAAGCACACAGCACCACCUUCACGUGACCCCGGGGAGGAAGCAGGAGGAGGGGGAGGAGCAGGAGGCUGGUGUGUGAGGAAAAACCAGAGCGUCUGACCUCCGUCUGGUCAGGAUUUUCACUACACUCACUUCGGAUCUGUGCCGAGCUGUGGAACCCCCACCCCCCUCCUUGCACUUAUACUGCUCCCGCCUUCGAAGACCUCAUAUCCACCUCCUUUUCUUUCUCUUCUUCUUUUCAUGCACACUCCUAAAUUAGCAAAGCCCCACUCCAGCUCCUUCCUUCCCCCACGCUGUCAGCUGGAGCUCGUUUCUCCUCCAUCACACUCCUGAGUUGAGUUUGAGAGCAGUUUGUGAGUCUGUCAGAGCCGUGCCGCUGAGCUUCAGGAGGUCGCGUUGUCUUUGUGGUUUCUGAUUCUUCGAAUGUGAAACUUGAGCACAAACAGCCGGUCGCAUUUCUCCCACCAGCCACUCUGCCCCACUAACCCCCAGGUUGACAUUAUUAGUUUAUAAGCACUGAAAAAUGACUUUAAUUUACUUCUUCCUUUAGCCUCUCAUCAGUUAUGAUUUCAGUAAGUCAAAAAUAUUUUCUUUUUUAACUAUACAACCCUUUUAAGGGCGAAUUGGACUCUUCUUACCUCUGCAGGUUAAUUAAAUUAGGACAAGGAUGACCCUGAAAGUGGCAAAUGCAUUUGUUUUAAAUUUAAGAAAUGGUUCCUCAUGUUAUAAACAUGAAACAUCAAGGCCAGAUUUUUACAGUGGCAGAGUGCUGAACAGUGUCUCUCUGUAGAUAAAGGUUUUAUCUUGCUUGAAAAAUAGCUUAAAAACUAAGUUAAUUCAGAAAUCGAAUGAAAUGGCAAGAAAGCAAGUUUCUAAAAAACUUGCUUUCUCCAUGGCUCCAGGCAAACACUUUCCUGAUAUCUCUCUAUCCUUUCUUUAGUCCUUCUUUACCUUUUAAACAUGUAUUUUUUAUUUUAUUUUCCAGCAAGUAGAAGCUUUGCUGACAUAUCUCUUAUACUAGAACAAAUUUAAAAUAAUUUACCAAAUAAAGUCUAAUAAAUCCCUUUUUUCAGUCUAUAAAAGCAUCAACCAACAUUAUGCACUUUGAUGCCUUUUAUUUUUUAAGUUGACUGUAAAUCAGAUAAAAUGGAGGGGUGGAUGCUUGGAUGCCAUCUGAUCAGUGCAUCUCCAGUGUUUCUUUUACCGAACGAGCGACUCGGUAAAGCUUUUUUUUUAAAUCGGCUUGUUUUAGUCUUAGAGAUGGAUCAUUGUUAGCAGAUUUUCCUUCGAUUGGCUCUGACUGACGGUCGAUUAAAUACGAAUUAACUUCAACUUUGGUUGAAACUUUCAGGUCAAACCUGAAGCCUUUUCUUUUCUUUCCACAUUUCAAAUGUCAAAGUGGACAAAGUCCUCAUAAAUCCUGUAGAAAUGAACCCAGUGAUUGAAAAGUUCUGCUCAGAGCUUAGUUUCCUCAUUGCUGUAAAGUUUUCAGUGCUUGUAAACACGGUGAGGAGGGGGAAGAAAAAAUGGUUCCUGUGGUCUGAGACCUCCACUCUCUGUACUUUUGAGAAGAUGUUUUGUUGAGCGUCUUUGCUGCAGAAUGCUGAACCUUGACCCCCAACACACAGAUCCCCCCCCCAUCAUGUUUUGCAUGUGUUGAAGGGCUGAAAUGCUCGCGACCACAGCAGUGGAGGAUCGCUCCUGCAUUUGCCUUCCAGGUGGGGUUAGGUUCUAGUGGGGGUUUAAUAAAGACAUAAAAGUAGCCAUAAUUGUUUUUCCUAAAUCCAAAAUAAGGGGGAGGGGGCAGCUUCCCUUUUUCUUUUUUUUCUUCUUUUACAUUUUAUUUUUCUACGAAUGCAUUUUCUGUAUUUAUUCCCAAGAUAACCUGUGAGCUCUGAAUGUAUAUUGCUCUUAGUUUUUUACGGCUUGUAACAGCCCCACUCCAGUGCCUUUUUCUGCAGUGCAUAGCACCAAGCGGGGGGGAGAGGGGGGGGGGCUUUGCUAGUUUUGCUCAUACAGAUAAAAAACAACCCUCCCCUUUACAAUGACCCCCCCUCCUGCCUCCCCGAGUGUCGUACAGGAUGCCUGUAUACCCAGUAUUGUCUUAAUGGUUUCCAUCUUCUCCUCCUCUGAUCUCUGGUCCUUUUAUCCAGAAUAUCCGUGUCGGUCCGACCUGAUAAUUGAUGCUUCUGGUGGUUGGCGUUCAGCUUUUUGUUUAAAAGAGAAAUGUCAGGAUACUGUGGUAGUUUCUCGCUUUAAUUAGCUCUGCUUUGUUUGUCAUUGUCGAUGAAAGGCCGCUCGCUCCCUCCUCUGCUGUUUGAACGGCGGCGCAUUUGAUCCAUGGAAGCUGGGCACUAAAAACCAUAACAGUGGGGUAAAAAAGGAGCCCCUCCACCCCCUCUGCUCCACUUUGUUUACACGCCCCUGGAACUUGCUCAAGUUUAUGCCGGUUACAGCUACAAACUAAUAACUAUUCUAUUGGGAUUUUACAGCUCGGUCAGACAUAAGCGGUAUUAAUUGUGAAGUGCAAGGAAAAAGAUCUCUGCACUCUGUUCUUUAAAAUAAAAGCUGAGCCCUGCAAGAUGGCGUUUUUAUUUUUAAGACUGUUGGAUUUAGAUUGCAGCGAUACUUUAACCUGAACCGUCCUAGUGAGGUUUAGAGUUUCUAUUGCUGCUGAAGGAAAAUAUCCCUCAGCAUGAUGCUGCCACUGCCAUGAUGGGGUAUAUCCAGCAGCUUUUCCAUGAAGUGCAGGUCAAUAGUUCUACCCUCAGCCGAUUGCACCUUGGCAUUGGAUCCAUGCAGCUCUUCCAGUUAUGAGGCUCUGGGCUCCUCCUGCCUAGCCUGAUGGACGGACAGACUGUUUGCAGUUAAGCUUUCUUCUCAAACAAACCUCUGAAGGUGUCCCAGAGUCGCUAGAGUCUUAACGAGAUUAGAUUAGAUUUACAGGAUGACUCUUUCUACUCACUGGGUGGUUUUUGGAGCUAAACUGGGUCAAUAAAGUUUAUUAAAAGAAAAAUAAUUUGAAGCUUAAAAAUGAUAGUUAUUUAAAACUAUAAAAAUUAUUUAGGUACUGGGAAAAAAAUAAAGAACGCGGGGGAAAAAAAUUUAAUCUGAAGAUAAAAAGACAAGGUUGGAAAUUGUAACAAAAUCUCCCACAGUCGCUGAAUGCAACAUCUUAAAAAUAAAUCUUAGAUCUCGUUUCAAAUAUUUAUUUAGUUUUAAAGUUUAAAAAUAUUUGUCAGUUUUAAUUCUUUUUUUUUUUUUCAAAUACAUUUCUGUGUUAAAUCUUAUUUAUUUUUUUUUAACUGGAAAAUAUAUUUUAGAAAAAAAAAAAGUUUGGCUCCAGUUUAGCUCCAUGCUAAUUGGCCUGAAUUUUAGUUAAGGGCUUCAGCAACGGUGGCAUAAUUACAAAAGCAUGCCACACUUUUCAGAUUCUUAUUUUAGGAGAAAAGGGAAAACCUUCAACUUCACGAUUUUUGCUGCAGUUUGUCGACACUUUGCGUUGUUUCCCAAUAAGAUAAAUCCGGCUUAAAAGUGUGGAAAUGUUAAAGGGGUGUGAAUACUUAAGAAAUGAAAUAUUGUCCCUGAUUAGUAGAGAUGAUCUAAAGCACAAAAUAAUCUGUGUGAUUAGGUGAUGGGAGACGAGGUCCGGGUUCCUACACGUCUUAAAUUAGUGUUUCUCUUUUUUCAGUUCUGGAAAACGAUUUAUUUCCAUUUUCUCCUGUUAUUGUAAAAGUGCUCUUUAUUACGUAUCAAGGGCUAAGCUGCACUGAAGAGUCAGACUCGCUUAUUCUCCACAUAAUUUAUGUAUGAGCGGCUAUGAGGACGUUAAUAUUCCACUUCUUUUAUUUACUAUUUUCUUUCAAAUGACCAAACUGCUGACAUUACAGGGUCCAGUUUUCAUCUACGUCCUUCAGCUUGCGUUUAACCUUUGAGCAGUUUGUGUUUCCAUCUUUGGAAGAUGAAACGAUGAGCUCCUCCUGCAUCCUAACAGAUUCUGAAGGUUGAGUUUAGGAGAAGCUGAGAGAGGCUGAGUCUCCAGUCGUCCUAAAUUAUAAACCCAUCAGAUACGCUUCUGAUCAGUAAACAAAAUGAGACGGGAAUCCCCCGAGGGGCACUGAGGCCUUCUCCAUCAGACAGGACUGUAUGAGCAGCAGAAAUGAGGCGUGGAAGCCAUGUUUGCUGCCAGGAUGGAGUCGGUCCUGGUUCUGGAAAGUUGUCUCGUAUUUUUUGUAUUUCACGUUUUUUCCUGCGGCUCAGUUCUUUUUUUUUUUCUCUCCAUCAGUUUGAUUCAGGCGCUUGCUGUGUUUUGGUCCUCUUUUCUCUCAGAUUAUCACACACACACCGGCCCACUGUGGGACAGCUCCUCCCCCUCCUGUGUUUUGGAAAGCUUUAACUCCUCUUUAUUUGCCUCCCUGCGCGGCUCAGGGCGACACGCUCCUUUUUACAGUAAGAUGAUAAAAAAACAAAACAACCUGGAUCCACGCGGCCUUACUCACCCUGCCGGUUUGCCUCCAUGCUGCCCCCCCACCAACCCCCUACCUCCACCUGCAGCCCCCCCCCCCCCCAACCCUAACUUUGAAGCGAACAUAGGAGAGAAUCCAUGAAGAACCUUCCUCUUUCCUCUGCACCAAUCUGAGAACUUCUUGAUCCCAGUUCCUGAACUCUGACCCCUGACCUGGCACUCAUUCAUGGGGGGUCAUGAUAGGAAGCCCCCCCUUCCUCUAGUCUACCCCCAGUUUUAUUUAUGGACCUCUGCACUUUUGGCUGUGAUGACUUCAGUACUUCAUUAGUUACCGAAACUGUAUUUUUAAGGAUUUUAUACGAUAUUUACAUGCAAUACUGAAUCAAUUUGUUUGUUUUUUUUUUUCUUUGCCAAUCUUGUUUUUAUUUAAUUUUGUUUCUAACGGCAUGUGAUGUCAUUAUUUACACACAAACAUGCCGGUCAAAUCUGAUUGAGGCACGUUAGUUUAUAAGAGGGAAUGAUCCCUGUGAUUUUAAUGUUUUAUGUGUUUUUAAUCCGUUUGAUGAAAGCUGAACACCAAGAAGCAGGUGGUUGGAAAAGCUCGACUGUCUGUUACCUUCCACUCCAAGUAGAACUUGAGCAUGGGCCGCCUAAAGAUAAAUCUAAUGGUUUGAUCUCGUAUAGGAUAAUAAGUCUAAACACAGAUGGGCUAAUUGAUUUUAUUUAGAAAAACAAAUAUAAAAGCGGAAAUAUUUUUAAGCAACCAUUGAUUGGUUCAGAUUUUUCUGGGGGGUUUUUUUGUUAUCGAUUCGCCAACAAACCACAGAAAGCCUUGUUUUCUGUGUGAUUUAAACAAUCGUGAUCCAACAUAGUUCAGGCUUUAUUAAAACUAAUAAAGAGGCUCCAGGUGUGAGUUAUCCUCCCAAACCGUGCAGCCAUUUCCUACCGAAUUGUCAAACCUGCUGCACCUUUUUGUUUCAAGUCUCCUCCAACAGGUCAGUCCUGAAAAGAAAUCGGCCUCAGCCGCUGGAAUCCUGAUCCGUGCAUCUGAUCAUCAAACAGUAAACUGAUCGUAGCUUAGAGCUUUCUGUGCUUUUAGAUCGCAUUGAACUAGAAUCAGGAAGUCAGCUGCUAGCAGCUAGCCAAACCUUUCUUGGCCAAAAUGACUCUUCUGCUUUUCUUUCAGGUCUGAAUAUUUGGGUUCUGAUUUGGAACAAAAAAAGUCGUUAAUACUAUUAAAAAAUAAGGGACAAAAAAAGCACAUUUCUAAAAAAGAUGAAAGCAGGACGGCUGGAAAAUAUUUGCUCUUAAGAUAGAAAUCGGUAUUGGUCUUUAUUCCUAAUGCAACAUGUUACUGAAAGAAAAUGAUUUGGAUCAUCAUUUAGCUUCCCAGCAUGUUAGAAUUUAAGCCUAAACGGGUCGAUAAAUCUAAAUGCUUCUCUAAGCUUUUUAUUUUUUCAAAAAAGGAAGAAAAAAAUAUUCUCAAAUGAACACUGAUCACCAAUUUGACACAAUAAAACGUAGAAUUGGCUGUUUGUGAUGGAUGGCGGUCAUUUUUUUUAAACAGCUUUUCUAGGAGCCUCUUUCAGUCUGUCGAAAAGACUGCAGCUUUUUUUUAAUCCUUUUUUGCAGCAGCAAACGUCUUCAAACAGGAAAAUGUUCCUUUGUUAACUUUCAGUGCUAAACUACAGUCAUCGCCCCACUAAAAGGUGGAGCGGUGACGGCGUUAAGCGGCCCAUGCUCGGUAGAAAUAACUGGACAAGAGGAGGAAACAAGAUGUUUACUCUGAUACCUGGAAAUGAUCUCAUCCUGUAUCAUAUCUGGUUUAGGAUUUGUUUUCUGUUUGUUUUUGUCUGAAUCAUUGACUGUAAACAAAGUUUAAUCAUCAUUUGAUUGUUAUUUUGACUGCGUUACAGAAGAAAUAAAUCCCAGAAU